AUGGCUUCCAACCAGGGCGAAAUCUCGAACGAGACGCAGCCUGCCAACGACACGCAGCCUGCCCACGAGACGCAGUCUGCCAACGAGACGCAAACUGCCAACGAGACGCAAACUGCCAACGAGACGCAGCCUGCCAACGCCAGACAAACGCCUAUCGCGGGCCAUCGAGCCCCAAUCCACAAUCCGUUCCCAGCCUCGCUGUCCAGCGAAUGUAAAAAAGCGGGUCAAAUCAUUGAUUCCUUUGUGAAUCCCAAAUAUCCUGGGCUAGAAGCCGACAUUCCACGCAAGAUCCUUGCGCCUGCCAAAGGACUGGUUAUCUGCAGCGUGUUGAAAGUCGGCUUUUUAGGAUCCGUUCGCUUUGGCUCUGGACUGAUUGUGUGUCGGCUUCCUGAUGGCAGCUGGUCAGCGCCCUCAGCCGUCUCGUUGGGGGGUUUGGGUGCUGGCGGCCAGUUCGGCAUGGAGUUCACCAAUUUCGUGUUUGUCCUCAAUACCGACGCAGCAAUCACCACUUUCAUCAAUUCUGGAACUCUCACUCUAGGCGGGAAUAUCUCCAUAGCCUUUGGGACCGGCAGAAGCGCUGAGACUGGGGCCGUGAUCGGGACCAAAGGCGUCGGCGGCAUCUUUGCCUACUCCAAGACGCGUGGUGUGUUCGGCGGUCUUACCUUCGAGGGAGGGUUCAUUGUCGAGCGCUCUUCCGCGAACAAAAAGCUUUACGACCGCCCAUUGAAAGCGAAACAGUUACUCAGUGGUGAAGUUCCGGCCCCACCGCAAGCAGAGCCGCUGAUGCGCAUCCUCAACUCGGAACGCUUUCGUCUUCCAUCAGCGAGUGAACAGUCCGAAGUUGCUGAUCUGCCUGCUUCAGCGCCACCGAAUCUCACUGCGGAAGCUCCCUCUCAGCGACCUCCGGAGCCCAUUGAGAAUCACCCGGUUUCGGAACCGGAUAUCCAACCCCCUCAGGUAUCAUCUAUCAGCAACGAUGCUCAUGGUACAUCUCAUGAAGCCACAGAACACCUCGAAGAGCCUCCCGUCGUUCCUGAACCGAGUCUGCCACCCUCAACUGAGGCUCCACCGCCCAGUAACAUCCAGGCUCCACCACAGGAGACCUCAGCGUCUACUGCAACAAUUCCCUCCCAGCAACCCCCGGAGUCCAUUGAGAGCCAUCCGGUUCCUGAAAUAGAUAGCCAGCCGCUCCAGGCAUCAUCUGUUAGCCAUGAUGUUCCAGAUACAUCUCAGGAAGCCAUAGAACACCUGGAAGAGCCUCCUGCCGCUCCCGAACUGAGUGUGCCACCUUCAACGGAGGCUCGCUAG